AGAAUUAAAACCCUUUUUCCCUCGGCCAUUACAAAACCAGAAGAGUUAGCCAAAAGACAAAGAGGAAAUGGCGGGUAGAUUAGGAAGACGAGUUGUCCACUUUGCAAACCUUCCAAUCAAGAUACUAAUGCCAAACACUUUCACCAACAUCAAGGAAAUAGCUCUCAAGACCAUUCCCUCCGCUUCCAAGAUCGAGAUCAAACGCGUCCUCGAAUCCCUCUACGGUUUCGAUGUCGAAAAUGUCCGUACUCUCAACAUGGAAGGCAAGAAGAAGAAACGCGGCGGUUUCUUAUUCGCCCGACCCGAUUACAAGAAAGCUUACGUCACCUUGAGAACCCCUCUCUCCAUAUCCCACAACCUUUUCCCUAUCCAGGUGAUUAAAGAGGAAAAAGAUGGUAUUAAUAAGACCAGUAAGGGUAAGAGCGUUGUUGAAGAAGGUGAGAAGAAGAAGCAUUGGCUCGACGGGAAGGUGAAGGAUGAUGGAGCGGAGAAGCGGAAAGGAAAGGGCUCUUACGCCUCGGCCCGUGGCGGUGGAGAGACCAAAUUUCCUUGGAGCAGCAUGAGGAAGGCUAGUUAGGAAGGUAGGAUUCGUGGGUUUCUGAUAUUUUUUUUUACUCUUGUCUUUUCUAAUAACGUUUUGAAUGGAAAAGUUGGACCAUACAUGAAGAAAGCUAUUCACAUAAUCGAUG